AUGGGCUUUAGUUUGCUCUCGGUUAUCGCUUCGGCGAGCUUCCUCGCGGGUUCAGCUUUCGCUGGAUCCUUGAAAGACAUCGAGCAUGUCGUCAUCUUCAUGCAGGAGAAUAGGUCGUGGGACACGUAUUUCGGUACAAUGGCUGGAGUUAGGGGGUUCAAUGAUCCCAACGUCCAAGUCAACCCGGACGGCAACACGGUUUGGCACCAAGUCGUUGAGCCUGCUCAAUCCAACAAGACCAAGACUUUGUUGCCAUGGUAUUUGGGCCAACAAGGUGGAGAUUGGCAUGACGCUAUCCAGUGCUUGACUGCAGGAAGCAAUGGCUACAAGGAGAAUCAGCAGUCUUUGAAUAAUGGCUCAAACAAUCACUGGGUCACCAAGAACACUCCUUGGAGCUGGGGCUACUUGAAGCGACAAGAUAUCCCCGUGCAAUAUGCGAUUGCUGAUGGUUGGACGGCGGGAGACAUUCAAAUCACUGCUACCAACCCAAACCGAGUCACUUUGGUCAGUGGCUCGAUCAAUGUCCCCGGCAGCCCUCAAAACAAGGAUCAGGGGGGUGUUUAUAUUGACAACAAUGAGGUUCCAGGCUGUGAUGACAAUGGGAUCAACUGCUACCCGCUGAAGUGGAAGACAGUCUACGACUUCUACGAAGAAGCUGGAGUCUCAUGGCAGCUCUACCAAGAUAAGAACAACUUCGAUGACAACCCUUUGGCUUGGUUUGAACAAUUCCAAAAUGCGACAAAGGAUAGCCCUCUUGCCAAGAAGGGAACAUCAUUUGUCGGCCUCGAUGCCUUCUACAAGGCUGCUACCGACGGCACACUACCAGAGGUCAGCUUUAUUGUCGGCCCCGCUGAGCUCUCCGAACACCCACCAUACAUGCCAAAGGACGGGGCCUGGCUUCAGAAGAAGGUUGUCGACGCUGUGACUAACAGCCCCAAAUACAACUCGACUCUUUUGAUGAUCAGCUACGACGAGACAGGUGGCUUUGGUGACCACGUUACUCCUUUCCACUCCCCAAGAGACACCCCGGGUGAUUGGAUGGAAGACCCGUUGGGUAUGUUCUCGGACAUUUUCGUCGGUCCAGGAUUCCGAGUACCCUUCUACAUGAUUUCUCCAUGGACACGAGGAAACCGCGUCUUCACAGAGAGGGCAGAUCACAAUUCUCAGAUCCUCUUCGUUGAAGAAUGGCUCACAGCCAGAGGGUACAGUGGCAUCCGCACUGAUCAGAUGGUCUCAUGGAGGCGUAAACACAUGUCAAACCUUGUCAACGCACUUGACUUCGACCACCCCGACUACUCAUUGCCUCACAUCCCCGAUGCUGCGACCCCAGAUACUAACUCAAAGGGUGAUUAUGUGGGGACCUCCAAUUGCCAAUCUCGCCACGCCCAGACAAGACCUCCCGUACCGUACGGAGAACAAGAUAUCACGGAUACCAACUCAUUGUGGUUUGAAGAGGGUUAUAAAGAGGUGAUUGGAUAUCUCACAGAGGGCCGAUACUUGACAUUCGAGAAAGAUGGCCUGGCUAUCACAAACACUGGCAAAACAGACAAACUCACGACCAGCCCUGCAACCUCUCGACACAACGCCAAGUCCCAGCGUUGGAUCGUACAUUACAACGAAAAUGAGGAGAGUCAAGUCUUCACCAUAUCGAGCGCACUUGACGGUCGCUGGAUUGGUUCGGAUGGGGCCCUGCUUCCAAAGAGCCAGAGUGCAAGUGCAGCACAAGUGCACAUCUCCUUCCUGGGACCUAGCCAAGGCUAUACUUUGCAGUUCGCAGGCCCAAAGCAGUACAUUGAUAUUGACGGCCAGGGAGUUCUGAGUGUACUUAGUCGUGGGGCUGAUAUCGCCAGUGGCUAUAAGAUCUUCAGUGUCUCCUACCGGGACUAG